UGCUUCGACGUUCCUCAACAGCCCGCUCAUAUUUUCACUCCCGACGUCACGUUCCUCCUCCCGCGAGAACAACACUCGCCGGAAAGUCCGCGGCCGACUGCGUGAGUGAAACAAAAGCCGCUCUGCUGCGCGUCGUAAGUCGCAAGUCGCAAUUUCGCGCGACGGGCCGCGCAGAUUUUCGGAAACGCUCAACGACGCGACGCUUAUCGCCGCGUCGCCGUCAAGUCGUCUCGUGCGCACGUCUCGUCCGUGCGCCUUCCAGCUGCUGCUCUCGCGAGGUGCUCGCAGUCGUGGUAUGUCGUCGUGUAGCCUCGCUCCCUCUUCCGAACUCGCCGCCUUCAGCCACCAUUUUGCACGAUCGACACAGCCGUGAAAAUCCGCGAGUGGCCGCCGAUUCGCAUGAUCGGCUGUGAUUCCUGGCAGCGACGACAAAAUCCUGCCCGCCGCGAGUGCUCUGUCGGGGACUCUGCGAUCCUGCUCAUCUCGCGGAAGCCUACCUGCAUCUACACCCACCGCCGCCAGCCACGGCGAUUUGUUGCGCACUUGCCGCACUCGCCUCCUCGUCGCCUCGCCAGCCAGUGUGACUCAUAAUAAGACGGACUGCAGUGCGCAACACGUGAGAGACGGGGAUUGGGACUUUUUUUUCGUAACUCACCCCUUUGGAAGGAAGAUCGAAAAUUAGCAAGAUUGCAUAUAUUUCUGUAACAGUCCACGAGUGCAAUGAUGGACGUAGAUCCGCCGGAAUUUCUGUCGAAGGAUGACGAGAUUCAGUAUUGGAUGGAUCUGGCUCACCAGUUGCAUCAGAGGAAAGAUGAUGUGGAGCACGAGCUAGAAGAGUUCCAGGAAAAUUCACAGAUGUUGGAGAAAGAACUGGAGACUUCGUUGGAGCAAGCGGAAAAGACAAACAGAGAACUGAGACAGAGAAACACGAGACUAGCUACAGAGAUUGAGCAGUUGAGGACACGAUUGGAUCAGCAGUCUACAGAUUGCGCUAUGUUUCAAGGGAAGGCGCAAGAUCUACAGUUACAACACGAACAUUUACUAAAGUACAUUAGAGAACUUGAACAAAAAAAUGACGACUUGGAAAGAGCACACAGAAUAAAUAGAGUCACAGAAGAGGAAAUAGAAGCUAAGUUUAAUUUAGCUAUAGAAAAAAAUGCCUUGCUUGAGUCGGAACUCGACGAGAAGGAAGGCCUGAAAGUUAUAGUGCAAAGACUAAUGGACGAAGUCAGAGAUCUAAAACAGGAGAUACAAGUGCACGAGAGGCAUCAUGCGGAUAAUAACAAGCCUUCUGACAGAGUUCGCAGCAUCGUCGACAGCAAUAAGCUGCAGGCCGAAUUGGAGUCGAAUUCACCUGCUGGCCAAAUAGCCCCGCAAACCAUACCUCCGAGUAAUACAACUUCGCCGCUGAAAAUUGGACACGGGAUGGUAGGGGGUGUAAUCGGAAACAACAAUAACAAUAUGAGCCAACCAUUGCCACCCUGCACCAGAAUACUGGCAAUGAACAUGAUCGGUGACCUAAUGCGGAAAGUAGGGGCGCUGGAAAAUAAGCUGAACACAUGUCGAAAUGCUUUUCGAGAAGAUCAAGCGGUCCGUGAUCUCUACAGGGCUAGGCGACAAGUCAGAAGCCCAGCCUCAGGAAACAACAACCACAUUCGAUUAUAAACGAGGAGGUAAUGUAACGCAGCGAUCGUAUGUUCGCGCACAUCACGUUGUAUGAUAUCGAUGUAACCAUUAGUUGGAUUAGUUCGUCCGAUGGUGAUUUCUCGAUUUAAGUUAGUCCGAUGGAAUUUACACAGGACAAAGAAAGCGCCGAUCAUGCUAGGCAUGUAAUCUUCUUUCUUGGCUGUAAUUUUUGGCAAUAUAAUACCGUCAUUUGCGUUCGCCUUUAUCUUCCGUUGUAAUGCGAAUAAGAGAGCGUAUUUUAUUAUAUAGAAGUCUACAUGUGUAAGCCCUCGCCGCUAGAAAUUAAUUACAAAGAUUUAAUUAUACCGAGAUCGGAACUGUGGUUACAAUUUCUCAGUGAGUCAAGUUUUCGACUCGCCAAAUCGGUUUUUCUCACGCCCCGUCAAUGACACGUCUCUCUUCCUCCGACGUUCCACCGCGAUCAAACACGAACAUCGUUUCCCCGGCAUUGUUUCUGAGAUUUGAGCUCGGCGGAAUUGUAAACCGCUCCCCGUUGAAAUUGUACCACUCGCGGGACGAAUGCCUAUCUGCAUUCACAUUACUACGGAUAAACCUGUAUCAUCGUCACGCAAAAAUGUAUAACCGUUAAGAGAAAAAAAAAUUGACAAUUAAUUAAUUUUCAUGUAAAUAACAGAUAAAAAGUAACAAAGUACUCAUUAUUUAUGUAUACAUAUGUACAUAUAUAUAUAUAUAUACACACCGUAUGUAUGUAUAUGUAUAAAUAC